CCGGCCAAGGGCGAGGGAGCGAGCGGCCUGCCUGCCUGCCUGCCCAGAGAGAGAGAGAGCCGAAGAACCCUAGAGAGAGAGAGAGAGAGAGAAGGGGGCGAGGGGAGAGCUCACUCGACGGCGCCGGCGGCCGCAUCGCGGAGCGCGGAGGGAGGGAGGGGGGACAGCUCGCAUCCCCGGCGGCAUGGAGUACGCGGCGGCGGGCGCCGGGGGGUACUACUACUACCCGCCCGCGCAGCAGCCGCAGCCGCCCCCGCAGACGCUCCGCCGCCGCCCGCGCCCCGCCGCCCGCUGGGUCAAGCAGUGGAUCCCGCAGGAUCUCGCCUCCCCCGGCUCCAAGUGCGCCCUCUUCAAGUGGGUCAGAGAGGAUGUGUACAAGAAUCUGAAGGAGAACGGCGGCGCGGGGCAGGAGCCGGAGGCGCAGCCACGCAAGGUCGAGCCGGCUACGGAGAUCCUCUUCCUCUGCAGCUACGACAACUGCGGCAAGACCUUUGUUGACGUGGCUGCCUUGAGGAAGCAUGCCCACGUGCACGGCGAGAGGCAGUAUGUUUGCCAGGAGCCUGGCUGUGGGAAGAAAUUUGUAGACAGCUCAAAGUUGAAGAGGCACCACCUUACUCACACAGGACAAAAGGAUUUUGUUUGCCCACAUCCAGGCUGUGGUAAGGCCUUCUCAUUGGAUUUUAACUUGCGUGCACACCUCAAAACACAUGCUGUGGAAAAUUAUCAUAUAUGCCCCUUUCCAGCAUGUGGCAAAAGAUUUACAAGUGACUUCAAAUUAAAAUGCCAUAUUAAGACACAUGAAAAGACUGGAUCUCCUAUUGCAGUGCAGCAUACACCACCAGCAGAAAAACCACAAAGCACCAUAAAGCCUUCCAUACAAGCAACCCCAAAGCCUUCUGCGCCCACACCACCAAGCUUUUCCAGUGAGCGCCCUUAUGUCUGCCCCUACGAAGGCUGUGGGAAAGCCUACAUCCACGGUUACAAACUCAACCUCCAUCUCAAGACUCAGCACCCUGACCACAAUCAAGAAAACAAUGGUAGGUCCGCCACACCUGCAGCGGGGUAUAACUAUGCUGACGGCGGUGACAUCGCGCCAAACCCGAAAAGGAGCAAGACAAACCAAGGGCACAGGGCCCCUCCAUCUAACGCCUACAAUGUCAAGGUUUCCAGCAGGAUGGCUGUUGAUACCAGUGGUGCAAAGAACCAGUGGCCAGGCAAGGGUAUGUAUGACGAUGACAGUGAAGAGACCGAGGAAGAUCCUGGUGGUAACAAUGUAGAAGAUGGCUGGAGAUACGGUAACCAGAACGCCGAUGAUGAGGAAACAGAAGAAGAUGAAGACUAGCUGGACAUUCAUCAUUUUCCCUGUUUACUGACAUUCCGCUGGAGCGUGUGCCCUAGGUUGUUUAGAUGUGGUUAUCUGCUUCCUUUUAGUAAGUUCGGUGUAUGCUGAAAACUAGCAACGAAUGGAACUAAGUGGGCGCUAUAAUUAUGGUAGAAUUAGAUUGCGCGGAUGUGAACAGACACUUACUGAUGUUGUUUGGUCAUUUUGUUGAGAUGGUCCAUUUAUGUAAUAUAUCUGCCCUCCACCGUGUGGUAGUUAAUCU